AUGAUUAUUGUAGCCCUGGCUAUUUUAUCACAGCAAGCCUUUGCCACCCAUCAUAGAUACCUUAAAAAGUACACUAUUCCAUCAACAUCAUAUGGAGUGCCAUUUAAAAGAGUACCAGUACCAACAAAAUCGUUUUUAAGAUCUCCCAUCACAUAUUCACCACCUUUAAAACCUACCAUAGAAUAUGGAGUACCAAAGAAGUCCACAAAUGAAUAUGGCGCCCCAUUAAGACCCACAAAUGUUUAUGCAGUACCAAAGAAGCCUAUAAUUGAAUAUGGAGUACCAUUAAAGUCCAAAAGCAAAUAUGAAGUACCUAAAACCCCAAGUUUUGAAUAUGGGGUACCAUUAAAGCCCACAAGUGAAUAUGAAAUCUCAUUAAGAUCCACAAAUGAAUAUGAAGUACCAAAGAAGCCUGCAAUUGAAUAUGGAGUACCGUUAAAUCCCACCAGUGAAUAUGGAAUCCCAUUAAGACCCACAAAUGUUUAUGCAGUACCAAAGAAGCCUAUAAUUGAAUAUGGAGUACCAUUGAAGCCCACAAGCAAAUAUGAAGUACCUAAAGCCCCAAUUUCUGAAUAUGGUGUACCAUUAAAGCCCACAAGUGAAUAUGGAAUCCCAUCAAGACCCACAAAUGAAUAUAAAGUAACAAGGAAGCCUAUAAUUGAAUACGGAGUACCAUUGAAGCCCACAAGCAAAUAUGAAGUACCUAAAAGCCCAAGUUUUGAAUAUGGUGUACCAUUAAAGCCCACAAGUGAAUAUGGAAUCCCAUUAAGACCCACAAAUGAAUAUGAAGUACCAAAAAAGCCUAUAAUUGAAUAUGGAGUACCAUUGAAGCCCACAAGCAAACAUGUAGUACCUAAAGCCCCAAUUUCUGAAUAUGGUGUACCAUUAAAGCCCACAAGUGAAUAUGGAAUCCCAUCAAGACCUACAAAUGAAUAUGAAGUACCAAAGAAGCCUGUAAUUGAAUAUGGAGUACCAUUGAAGCCCACAAGCAUAUAUACAGUAGCUAAAGCCCCAAGUUUUGAAUAUAAAGUACUACUUAAACUCUCAAAUAAAAAUGUAGUACCAUUAAAGUUCCCAAGCGAAUAUGGAGUACCAUUAAAACUCUCAAAUGAAAAUGGAGUACUAUUGAAGCCCACAAGCGAAUAUGGAGUGCCUAAACCCUCAAGUUCUGAAUAUGAAGUGCCUAAAGUCCCAAGUUAUGAAUAUGGAGUACCUUCGAAACAUGGUGCCGCAAUCGUGGUACCACACCAAAAAUAUGGAGUUCCAGAAUGGUAA